AUGUCAGAUACAAAAACCCUUACUGGAGACCCGUUCAUACGUGGGCUCUUCGAAUCUCUUCUGAAACGUCGCCUGUUCUACACCGAAGCUUUCGAAAUCUAUCGCACCUCUGGCAGUUUGCACAGCGAUAGCAGAGGAUUAUUCGACUACGGACCGCCAGGAUGUGCCUUGCAAUCCAAUAUUUUUGAAGUCUGGAGGCGGCAUUUUGUCUUAGAAGAAGAUAUGCUUGAGGUCGACUGCACUAUUUUGACGCCGGAAGAAGUCUUCAAGACAAGUGGCCAUGUUGACAAAUUUGAAGAUUGGAUGUGCAAAGACUCAAAGUCCGGCGACUUUCUACGUGCCAACCAUCUUAUUGAGAAUGUUCUUGAAGCAAGACUGAAAGGCGACAAAACUGCGCGAGGUGUUGCUGUGGACGACACGGAAAAGGGCGAUGCUAAGGUCGAUGCUAAAAAGGAAAAGCGAAAAAUUAAGGACAUCAAAGCUAUCGACAACUAUGAUGGUACCGAACUGGGAGAAUUGAUCGAGCGGCUUGAUAUUCGAAAUCUAGACGGAAACAACAAAGUAUCGCCUCCUGUCCCAUUCAACCUCAUAUUCAAGACUACCUUGGGCCCAAACAGCGCCUCUCCAGCUUAUCUAAGACCUGAAACGGCCCAAGGGCAAUUCCUAAAUUUCAAGAAGCUCCUUGACUACAAUCAAAAUACUAUGCCAUUUGCAUCCGCUUCCAUCGGAAAAUCCUUUCGCAACGAGAUAUCUCCACGCUCUGGUCUCCUUCGAGUGAGGGAAUUCCUUAUGGCUGAAAUUGAACAUUUUGUGGAUCCUGAGGGCGGUAAAAAGCACCAAAGAUUUAACGAAGUGAACAACAUUCAAUUAAACCUCCUUGACCGGGCGACACAGUUAUCUGGCAAGACUGACCUGCGAAACAUGACACUUGAACAAGCAGUCGAGAAGAAAAUAGUCGAUAACGAAACACUGGGAUACUUUCUUGGCAGGAUAUACCUUUUCCUACUUUAUAUUGGAGUUGAUAAAAGCAAGCUACGUUUUCGACAACAUAUGGCUAAUGAAAUGGCACAUUAUGCCGCUGACUGUUGGGAUGCUGAGCUACUGACUUCAUAUGGAUGGAUUGAGUGCGUCGGAUGUGCAGACCGUAGUGCUUAUGACUUAACCGUGCAUUCCAAGAAGACCGGAGGAUCAUUGAUUGUCCGGGAACCUAGACUAGAACCGUUGAAAAUUGAGGAAUGGCAGGUAGAUAUCAACAAGGCCAAGUUUGGGCCAACAUUCCGCAAAGACGAGAAAUCCGUUGAAGCAGCUCUACAAGCACUUGGACAGACACAACGGGAAGAACUUUCGGAGGUUUUGAAAGAGAACGGACAUAUUACCAUCCAGGUGCCUGGAACUCUACCUGAUGAUAAGAUAGAUGUGUCCAAGGAGCUUGUCAGUUUUGAAAAACGGACCAUAGUGCAGAAUACUCGCGACUAUACCCCAAAUGUUAUCGAGCCGUCUGGUAUUGGCCGCAUUCUUUACAGCCUUCUCGAGCAUGUUUAUUGGCACCGUCCAGAUGAUGUUGCGCGUGGGGUUCUGUCCCUUCCUCUUUUCGUUGCGCCUACCAAAGUACUGAUUGUACCUUUGUCAAAUCACCAAACUUUUAUCCUGGUUAUUCGAAGAGUGUCACAGCGUCUCCGACAAUUUGGAAUUUCGUGCCGUGUUGAUGAUUCGGGUGCCAGUAUUGGCAAACGUUAUGCUCGCAAUGACGAACUCGGUAUCCCCCUUGGAAUUACUAUCGAUUUCGAUACAAUCAAAGAUGAUUCUAUUACACUCCGAGAGAGACAGCACGAAACAAUUGACAACCAAGAAGUAUGGGAUGAUAUUUUCAAAAGACUCCCGGAAUUCAUCAGCCAAGAGGGAGAUGAUUAG